UGAGAAUUAAUUAUACAGAAUAUGAAUUAAUGAAAAGUGAGGGUUUGUCACAAGUUUUUGCAUCAAACUUGUGGACAAUUUUUGUCCGGAAAUUGAAUUCUCUGACAAAUGUUAGUGAAGGAGCAGUUGUUUAUAGGUUUGGCAUUAAAGCACAGGUGGGUUUGGGUAUGUGUUAGAGCACCGGCCGUUCGCAUCGCAACAAAACAGGUAAAUACAGGUUAUCAAGAAAAACAACUCCUCUUUUCUGAUGGAUACCAACGCAAGUGUUGUCAACGUAAGGGCAGUGCUGGCGAUGGGAGGCUAUUGGGAGCUAUGGAUUAAAUACAUGACAUUUGUUUACUUUUUAUCAUUGAUUUUCUCAUUUUAUUCACUCAUUUGACACAUAAAUGUGAUAAAAAUGACAAUCAAUUAAAGUGAUUAACUUGUGGUGAGGAUGAAUCUAAUCUUCAUCUGUCCCUUAAGUCAAGUGAUCCUAUGGUUCAUAAGUUUUGUAUUCCAAUUGAUUGCCUUAUUUGCUGAUUAUUGGGGUUAUUUCGAAGCUAAAACUGAUCAGGGAUUACCACAAGAGAAGGGACACUACGGUCUGUGGGGUAUCUGUUCCAUCAAAGCCCCGGUAUAUCGCGAUGACUGCGACCCUUUGGACACAUUCUUCAGACCUCCCCAUCAUAUGGUGGUCGCAGGCGUUGUCGCAUCCCUUCAGACACUCCUUUUCGCACUAUUCCUGCCAUUCCUUAAAUCCAUAUCAAGGGAACAGUUCAUAUUCAAGACAUCUGCUGCAGAGAAUUAUCACAUAACCAAUGGGUGGGCCUUUUGGCUGGAAGUCACUGCUCUUGUCAUCAAUAUAUCAAUAAUAAUGUUAUGUUUGCUGGAAAUGAAUCGACUCAACAGAUUAGAAGCGCUCGGAUUCACGGCAUUCAUUGCCAAUCAGAGUCCGCAUACAAUCCACAACUCUUUUAGUCCUAAUCUUCAAAGUCUUUCAGACGAUGAGACGAAUCACAUCUCUAUUAUUAGCGAUCCGUCAGCCGAUGGCUGGAAUCGAUGUAAUCAACAAAACUGCCAACUUUUCAAUAAAACUUAUCCAAACCUACCGUUCCAGUCGAUCUCAUUCAAUAACCCGGCUUUCCUUCCAGAUAGUCCGGAUCUCAGACAACAUAAACCAUUCAUUAAUCACUUUGAAAUCAUUUAA